CGAUCAAAUUCUGAAAAGGUCGAAAUCUAUUUACGACGAUGUGCAACAGAUCCAUUCAUCAGCAAGUCCUCAUUGUUUCGUGAUUUUCUAUCAGCUCAACGAGACGAAGAUCGUGUAGCUCCUUUGGCUCUUGUGCAUACCUUGGUUCAUCAGCAUCAACAACAGCAACAACAUAACGCGUCUUUAUUACACGACAGCAUUUUACCCGAUGUUGGACGAUUGGAUAUCAGCACACAAGAUGAUGUUGAAGGCGACAAUAGUGGUGAUGAAGAAAUAUUGAAUACAUCUUCGGUUGAUUUUAUUGGCGGUGAUUCUCGGAAUCGUAUCUCGAUUCAAGAUUUUCAGUUCAUCAAGGUACUCGGAAAAGGAUGCAUGGGAAAGGUAUUACUAGUACGACAUCAACGAACGAAUCAACUACUUGCAUUGAAGGCAAUCCGAAAACAAGUGGUAUUUGAACAGGAUGAGGUGAUCCAUACUCGAAUGGAGCGUGAUAUUUUGACAACAAUAGCCAAAAUUCAACAUCCUUUUUUGAUCAAAUUACAUCAUGCUUUUCAAGAUGCCAAUCAACUCUUCCUAGUCUUAGAUUAUUAUGUCGGUGGCGAUAUGGCUAAUCAACUUGCAAAAUUCCAACGGUUUACUCCAGAACGUAGCAGGUUAUACACGGCGGAAAUCUUAUUAGGCUUACAAGAACUUCAUCGACUGGGUAUAUUGUACAGAGACUUGAAACCAGAAAAUAUACUCUUAGCUGCGGAUGGACAUAUUAUAUUGACUGACUUUGGGUUAUCAAAACAAUUUGGACCUGGGACUAAUUUGGAUGAUCAAAGGACAGCUACAUUUUGUGGUACAGCGGAAUAUUUGGCACCUGAAAUUUUACAAGAAAAAGCAUAUACGUAUGCAGUGGACUUUUGGAGCUUGGGUACAAUCUUGUAUGAAAUGUUAAUGGGACUUCCACCUUUUUGGGCAGAAACACAUGCGGAAAUGUACCGAAGAAUAUUGGAUGAUCCAUUGGAAUUCCCUGAAGAUACAGAUCCUGUUACAGCUGAUUUCAUCACUGGUCUUUUACAACAAGAUCCAUCGAAACGACUUGGUACUGGAAUCAACGGUCCUAUUACUAUUCGAUCGCACCCUUAUUUUGAUUGUUUAGAAUGGACGGAUGUUUACUAUCGACGGAUCAAACCUCCUUACGUUCCACAACUUCAAUCAGAAACUGAUUUCAGCCACUUUGAUCAAGAUUUUUUGGCAAUGACUCCUCGUUUAUCACCUUCUACUAUGCAGCACAAUAGUAACAGCAGUCAGUUCAAUAACGUCGACCCAAGUUUGUUGGAUUUGGCUUUUCAAGGUUAUUCUUAUACAAACACUGAUAGUAAUUAUAUGGAAGAAUCAUUUCCCAUGGCAGCAUCUACUGCACCCUCGGCAACAACAAGUGAUAUCCAACAAUCUUCUAUUUAUUAUUAUAACGACAAUGAUUAUGAUGAUGAUUACGAUGAUGAAUGUGGAAAUCAAGAUCAGCAUAUCGUUCAUCAAGCACGACAUUAUCUUCAAUCAACACCUACGGAUGAAGACAGCACAGAAAAGAAUAAUCGUGUAACGUCAUCAGGAUCAAGGUUAUCUAGUGACAUUCUUGAUGGAUUUUAUUCUGACAGUAGUAGCGGUGCUUUACCAGACAAUAUUUAUGGAAAUAGACUGCACCACUUAUCAAGGCAAUGA